CUCAGAUCGAUCGUGGGGGAAUGGUCGGCUCUCGAUCACAUUACGAAGUCUUGAAGAAACGUUAACAAAAGAUACUUUUUUGAAGAGGUUAGACUACAACGAAAAUAAUGGGUUCUACACAGGCAUUGAAGAUACUUUUGUGGACGGGAUUCAAUAAAUCACUGAAACUGAAAAUGGCCCGACGUACCUUCCUUUCCUUUGGAAAAAUUACGUCUCCAUCAACAUGUAGAUGCUUACAUGCAAGCCUGGUAUCUUUUAGUACAACAACUUCCCCAGUUCAACAAACCCAAUCUGAGCAGUGUGAAGAGGAGAAUGUUGCAGAACUAUCAGAGAAUGAUAGAGUUAAUCCACACUUCAUCAAUCGUAACCCAAGGAAUCUUGAAUUGAUGGCAGUAGCAAGGAAAGACAAAGGAUGGUCACAGAGUUAUCCUCGAAAAGAUUACUGGCAUAAGUUAUUUGUCAGCAAGACCAACAGGCAUAUCACAGCACAUAUUGAGCAUAUCAAAGGUAACAUUGUAGUGAAAGCAUCUACCAAGGAGUGGGCCAUUAAGAGACAUCUUUACUCUACAUCAGAUGUAUCAGCCUCAGAGAACCUUGGUAGAGUAUUAGCUCAGAGAUGUCUGGAGUCUGGUAUCAGCUUUAUACAUGUCAACAUGAAGAAUGAAGAGAAAGAUAAAGAAAGGAUGACUGUAUUCCUCAGUGCUCUUGAAGAAGGUGGUUUGGUGCUUGGUGAACCCAGAUCAGUUGUUGAUUUCAGAGAACCAAUUAACUACUUUCCAGAAGUGGAUUGACCAGAGAUCAUCAAAACAGACUCUUUCUGUUUCAAUAUGAAUGGAGACUCUCUUUGAUGGAUCCUACACUGACAUUGUUGGCAUGAAAGUAUUGUGGCAUUCCUGAAUGCACUCACAGCGGCAAGACUUCCAUAUGUCCCCUCUUCUAAAAUUGAAAUUAAAAAAUAUGGAGAAGGUUUAUCAAGGAUUAUCUAACAUAUAUCUAAGAGAUUUAGGAAGGAAAAGUUUUAUACAUACCAAAAUAUGGCUUUAUUCUGUCAAAAUCUUGAGUGUGUGUAAUUCCCAAUGGCAUCGGUUUAUUUAGUCAGAGAAAUAAAUACCCAAUACUCUUGGAGAGUAGACUAGUCGUAAUAUCGGUUGAUAACCGUUAUGAAACCUAUGGCUUUCAACAAUUCCUGCUAGCUCAGUGAGUAAGGCGACAGACUGGAGAUGCCUCGAUCAGCAGCGAGAGGUUUAAAUCCAAGUUCCAACCGGAAGUCAGAAGAAAAAGAAAACGAAAGAAGGUGGUUUUGGAGAAGUAUUUUUUUUUUAAUUAGUGGAGGGCACAUAAGGAAGUCUUUCCCUCGCAGCCCCUCUUGAUCAUGUUUUUAGGAUAUGAUUUGGAACUAUCACAAAAGUUAAAUAUAUGAUCCGCAUGCAAAAUUUUAGGAAAAAUUACCUCCAAAGUGCCAGCUGAAUCCUUCAGCUUCCCUCAGUGAAAUGACCCUUUUGACCACUACUGAAAGGACCACCUAUGCAAGGACACGAUUUCUUCAAACAUCAGGCUGUGGAAUUCAUUACCGCCUGUCGCUGUCAACUGUACCUCGUUGGAGCCUUUCAAGCAGAAGGUGCAGUGUGUCAAGCUUUGUUAAGCUUCAGUCUGUUUUUUUAGCUGCACAUAGAGUCCAUUGUAUAAAUUUUUUACUUGCAGCGUAGACUCGGCACUUGACAGGAACAAGGUACGAUAGUAUGCCAGUGGCGGAAUGUACCAGACUGGAAGAAGAAGACUGGGUCUUGAAGUCAUGGAAGUAUGAAGUUGUUGGCGCUUCUAGAAGGAAGGCUUUCUAAACAUUCUUUAUACUUGUGUUUUGGUCUUGGUUAACUAAUUUGUUUUUUGCUUAAACACAAUAGUCGCAUCCUGUCAUCCAACAGGAUCUUACUCAGAAGAGGUUCUAUUGUUGUGUAGUGGAUGUUAUUCAUACAGGUAAUCUAUCUAAAUUAUUCCCAGUUUCUGUCCAUUGGUACCUUCACUAAACACCCCAAACCACUACUUUUUCUUCACUAUACCACACAAAGCCCAAGCAUAAACAGUUAAACUACUGAGGUUGGUCGUGAUAUGCACUGCAGAAUGCAGAUAACUGCUCAUUCUAACACAUGCUACCACUUUCAUGUUGAGUGCUAUUGGUAUACAUUUAUGUAUAUAUAAUAAAGAGGAGAUAUACAAAAAGAAGAAUA